AUGAGCGCCUCACUUUUCAGGGGCACCAUCUCGCCCUCUGCCUGUUCCGCAGACACCUUUUCUUAUCCCAUUAUCCCAGGAGUCAGAUUCCUGUCGCUGGAAGCCAAUUUUGUGGAAAACCUUACUUCCAACGUCUUUUAUUAUCCCAACCAUGGCCCUCUUAACGUUACGAGCGCCAGGUUUUGCAACGUUUCGACUACGUAUACUCAUCCUGGCGGAAACGACUCGAUCAAUGUCCAGGUCUGGCUCCCAACAGACACUUGGAAUGGGCGUUUACAAGGCAUCGGGGGUGGUGGAUGGUCGGCCGGCCUGCCUUACCAAGCUACUCUUGGUAUGACCGCUGCUGUUGGCGAGGGAUAUGCUACGUUCGGGACUGAUGCCGGGCUGGACACUCCAGACAACGGCGUUACCCCCGAGAGGUGGGCUUGGGGGGCUGGAGGAGAGCCGAACAUGCGCCUCCUGGAAAAUCUGGCAUCCGCUUCCCUCUAUGAAGGCGCCGUCGUCGCCAAAAACUUCACGGCCGCCUUCUACGCCGAGCCUGCGAAGUAUUCCUACUUCUCUGGCUGCUCCCAGGGCGGCCGACAAGGCAUGGCGCUCGCCCAACGGUACCCGGACCUCUUUGACGGCAUUGCAGCCGCCGCACCAGCAAUCAAUUGGAACUCUCUCUUCGUCGGGGGUACCUAUGCCAACUUCCUCAUGAACCUUUAUGGGAUGUAUCCACCGUCAUGCGAAGUCGAAGCUCUGACUGCAGCCGCCAUUGAAGCUUGCGACGGACUUGAUGGCGUUGUGGAUGGUAUCCUUUCCGACCCCGGAGCCUGCGACUUUGAUCCGGUGAACCUCGUCGGGACUACCAUCAAGUGUGCUGCCGGCCCGCAGGCAAACGGAAGUGGCAAUGGUUCCACCACUGAGCGCAAGAUCUCCCUGGGAGCGGCGACGAUAGUGCAAAAGACGUGGGACGGCCCUCGACGCGCAAACAAUUCGCGCAUGUGGUACGGUCCUGGCCAAGAGGCCACCCUUGUUGGCGGCAUCUAUCCCAACGUUGGUGGGAGUCUCGCGCCGAUCGGCACCAACUGCAGCGCCAACAGUACCUGCACAUUGGACCCCCUCGUCUUGUUCCAGGAAUGGAUCAGAUUCUACGUAUUGAAAAACCCCACUGCCGACACGAGCAAGCUAUCGCUGGAAGAGUUUGAGGAGAUCUUUGAUUCUUCUGCCCGAGAAUACAGGUCCAUGAUCGACACGAGCAAUCCUGACCUAUCGGCGUUCCGCCAGGCUGGAGGAAAGUUGAUUACAUACCACGGAACAGCCGACGAACUCAUUCCUUUCCGUGGGAGUGUGGACUACUACCAACGCGUCACGAAACUCGACCCGAAUGUACACGACUUCUACCGUCUCUUCCUCGCUCCAGGUCUGUACCACUGCAUCGGUGGCCCCGGCCCUUACCCGGACACCACCUUUGACUCGCUGGUCCAGUGGGUGGAGAACGGCGUGGCGCCUGAUUCUCUCCUCGCCACGAGUGUUGGCACGGACCCUAUCAUUCAACGUCCUCUUUGCCCUUAUCCUCAGAAGCAAAAGUUUUUGAAAACCCUGAAUGGGACAGAAAACUUCAUCUGCGAGUGA